AUGUCAGUGUCGACUCUGUUGAGGGCUAUGGUUCUAUCCAUACCAUACCUCAUGUGGUUACAUCUUCCCCUCCACGUUCUCGCCCAAUCUACAACCGUCUCAAGGAGUGCAGCGGUAUCCGCUUCGACGACCGUGUAUACGGGAAUACCAUCGUUGGUCUUUGGGAGUGUACCUACUAUGACUGCUUGCAGUACUGGACUAAUCCUCUGGAACGUUUAUAACGAAGAUUCAUCCAAAAUCAACAUUACCCUUUAUGCUAUCAACGAAGGUAUCGACCAAUCCAUUCCUUCUCCUUCUACCACAUCCGCUGCAGCUGCGGCUGCUACCGUAACCUCGCAAAGUUCUCGUGCCGCAUCAACAGCCGCUAUCUCAUCUCAGGUAGCUCUCGCUUCUUCACCUCGUCCCACAAUUACCUCAAUAACCCUUAGUUCUGCUGCUGCAUCUGUCGCACCCAAUAAACGAAGCAUAAAUGAACGUACGAUACUCGACCUGAAUAUCUCUUUGGUCACUCAAUAUGCCAAUCAUGGAUGGGGUUUCAAUCCAGUCAGAUUACCCGAAGGUCGUUAUUACAUCCUAGGUGUAGUGGAUGAUGAUCGACAAACUACCAAUAAAAGUAAUGUCUUCUCAGUUGUGGAAAGUGACGAUACAGCUUGUUUGUCAGCUUUCAAGAGUCUAUCGGCAUCUGCAACUGGUACAGCGACCAAUAAUAGUGGGGUACCCACCCAGAAAGUCACUUCGAUACCUGCAUCAACGACGAAUGGUAAUGGCACCGGUGCAGCUCCAGGAUCAAGUGAAGAAGGUAAUUCCUCGAGUGAGAAGAGCAGCUUGGGAGGAGGUGCCGUUGCCGGUAUAGUCAUUGGUGUAUUGGUUGGUUUGGUGGCCUUGGUGUUACUGUUCAUGUGUUAUAGGAGAAAGAAGAGGAGCGAAAGGGAUAGAAAUGGCAAUGCUAGGGGUCUUCAUUCUGAGGAAGGUGGAUUUGUCAAAUUUGGUGGUCACAAGAAUCAUCAUCACAAGAUGCCAUCAGAUACUACAGUACCAUCAUCCGAUCUCAAUCAUAAAAAUCCAAUAGCCAUGACUCCAGUUCAUGCUAGAGCGGACGAUUCCUUUAGAUCAGAUGAAAAGAGAGGAUCAUUGAAUUCGUUAGAACAAGAUGGUGUAGAAGAUCUUCCAUUACCAUUACCUGUCUUCACUCCUACCACUGCAACUUCAUACAAUACCACGUCGUCUGUUGACGGUGGGAGCGGUAGAAGACGAUCUGAUCCAUUUACGACACCGACAUUAGGUGAGAUACCUACCAUGUCACCUAUCUACUCGAACGAUGAAGUUAGGAAACUAGCGUACCCCACGGAUAGUUCGGGAAGUGGGAUCGCACCACCUCAACCUGUUAUACUAGCUAAUGUUAGACGAUCGUCUCAGGAGGAAUCGCCUAGACCAGGUGUAGUGGGAUUAGGUAUCACUGGAUCAGGAUCAGGGGCGGGAUUGAAAUCGGCGAAUUCAUUUACAUCUCAAAGUUCAUUGCCAUACCACCAACAACCCAAGACCAGUCCUCCUGUUACAGCGACCGCAGGCCAAUCAAGAUCUGAACCUAGGAAGAAGAGAGCUUCAUUGCAUGGCCUUGGAUCACCCAGUGCUAGUAACACAUCGCCUGAUCCAAAUGCCUUCGAUAUACCCUCGUCAGGCUCAGGGAAUAAUACCACGCCACCUUCAGGAGGGGGUCUGAGUAGAUCAACAAGUAGUAGACGUAAACCUGUUCCAUCGCUUGGUCCGGAAUUGAGAACGGAAUUGGCGAGACAAGGUAGUUUGAAAGAUCUUAAGAAUACUAAAGAAAAGAAUAUAAAUGAGAGUGGGAAUGGAGAGAAUGGUAGGAGAAGAAGCUAUAAGUUGAUGCCUGAUCCGCCUAUUAUACAGGAGUAA